AUGAGGAGGAUAUUAUCUAUCAUUUUUAUUUUUCAACUGACGUGUACUUUAACUUCAGCCUGGACAUCAUCUCAACCCAGACUGCAGUUCACUUACUCAGAGCUGGUCCGCAGCGGCAGGUUGUCCUCUCUCCCUCUGUAUGCAGGAGAUUUGAACUCUUUGCUGCCAGAUGAAGAUGGUCGUCGCCUGUACAUCAGCAUGAAGGACUAUUUACUGUCUGCAAGUCUGGAUGAAAUUACACACACCCCUCACAAGAUUUACUGGCCGGCAAGUCCUGAUGGUAUCCAAGACUGCUUAAUGGCCGGAAAAGACCCACAGUUGGACUGUGCCAAUUUCCUGCGUGUGUUGGAGCCAUAUAACCAAACGCACCUGUAUGCCUGUGGGACGGGAGCCUUCAACCCUCGCUGCGCCUUCAUUCCUACCCGACUCUUCCUUACGGCUGAAGAGCAGACACUGCAGUAUGACCAGACCGAAAGUGGCAAAGGAAAAUGUCCCUACGACCCCCACCAGAGGACCGCUACUGCCAUUAUUGAUGGAGAGCUCUAUUCUGGCAUCACUUCUGACUUCUUGAGCCGUGACUCUGCAUUUUUUCGCAGUCUUGGAGAACGACAUGUGAUCCGCACUGAGCAAUAUGACCCAACCUGGCUACAGGAUGCUCAGUUUGUGCGUGUGGCACUGAUGAAGGAGAGUGAUAACGAAGAAGACGAUAAGGUCUACAUGUUCUUCAAUGAGCGUGCUCAGGAGGCAGAGGGACCCGCUGGCAAAGUCCUUUAUGCUCGAGUCGCCCGAGUCUGCAAGAAUGAUAUCGGGGGCCAGCGUAGUUUGGUGAAUAAAUGGAGUACGUUUCAGAAAGCUCGAUUGAUCUGCUCUGUUCCUGGACCUGACGGCAUCCAGACACACUUUGACCAACUCCAGGACAUUUUUAUUCAGCAUGGGAAAGAUGAGAAGAACCCAGUUAUAUAUGGCGUCUUUACCACCACCAGUGACAUAUUAAAUGGAUCAGCAGUGUGCAUGUACCACAUGCAGGACAUCAUUCGGGCAUUCAAAGGAAAAUUCUACCACAGGGAAGGACCACAGUACAAGUGGGCAGAGUUUACAGGCAGAGUUCCCUAUCCCAGACCUGGAACAUGUCCAAGCAGCACUUACGGAAGCUUCCGGUCCACAAGGGAGUAUCCCGACGAUGUCAUCUUUUUCAGUCGUACCCACCCACUGAUGCAGGAAGUGGUACUUCCCGUGGAUAGCCGACCUUUGCUAGUUAGAGCGGGUGUGAACUAUAAGUUGACCAGGCUGGUUGUGGACAGAGUGGAGGCAGUGGAUGGAGAGUAUGACGUUCUGUUUAUUGGGACAGACAAUGGCUUGAUUCUGAAGUCCAUGCAUCUUACUAACGACAGAGGCCAAAAUCAAGAGGUCACGCUGGAACAGCUGCAAGUUUUUAAGGAUGAGUCACCCGUCACCGCCAUGACGUUAUCUAAGAAGAAGUGGCUGUUUGUGGGCUCUGCAGAGGGCGUGGCUCAGUUGGCUCUGUAUCAGUGUGACCUCUACGGUCAGGCAUGUGCUGAAUGCUGCUUGGCCAGAGACCCAUACUGCACCUGGGAUGGCCACGCAUGCAGCCCUUAUAUGCCAAUCGCACGCAGAAGAAACACUCGUCAUGCUGGUGGUUACGGGAAUCCUUUAACUGAGUGUGUCAGACUGGGAGCUGGGCUGCGAGUACAAUCAGAAGAGAAAGAAAUUGUGGUGGCUUUGGGCAACAGCACCUACCUGGAGUGUUUGCCAAAAUCACACCAUGCCACAGUAACCUGGUUCAAACAGAUUGGAGAGAACAGUCUGGAACUAUACCAGAUAACUUCAGGAGAUCAGCUGGUCGUUAUCGAUCGAGGCAUCCUGAUUCCAGUUGUGGAGCUUAACCACGGAGGCAUAUACCAAUGUCAGCUGGAGGAGCACGGUUUCCGUUGGACGGCUGUAACUAUUCACUUGAGUGUCAUGAGCCACAGCCAGCGUUCCAACCAGCCCUGGUACCAGGAUGUAAUGAGUUUGAUUCAGAAUGGCAACCUGGAGAACUACUGUAAGGAAAUGAGCAAACGGCUUCACGGGCACAAAAGAGCCAAAGAAAUGGAGCAGAAGCAGGAGAAUAAGAGAGGACACAAACACAAGCAUGGUGGAGCGCAUGGGGAGAAAGAAAGAGGGAAAGGGAGGAAGAACAGGAGCAAGAUGGGGAGUUCAGCCUCAAGGUCCCCAAGGAGCACCUAAAGACAUUCUUACCUUACACAAAAAAUGUGCACUACGGUGGACUUUACUAAUACAAAAAAAUACAUCAUACAUUGCAUAACUACAAGUUAAAGUAUAAGCACAAAACAUUGGUGACAAAAAAAUAUGGAUUGCUUAGGCUGAAUGUAUCAUUUUAGAGGGUGGCUGUUGCUAAAGGGGCAUGGUAAAAAAAUGGAUAUGUGGUAAUGUGGGCAUUUUCCUUUAUGGUAAAUAGUCACUGUGUUCUAAAAACUCUGAAACAUAGGGAGCAUCACAAAUAUUAUUAAAAUGUGAAAUGACUCCCAAAGCCUUUUAAAGUUAGGAAAUGUCUGCAAUGUUUCUGUAGACUGUAUAUAAAAAAAGGUCAGGACGCUUGGGUGACGCAGCGGAAAAACACACUAGCCCACCAGUGCUGAGAUCUCGAGUUCUACAGUUUGAAUCUCAGCUCUGCUAUUAGCCGGGCAGUUAAACAAACACACGAUUGGCUGUGUGUCUGUACAGAGAGGGACAAUGGUUGAAACAGGGUUCCUCAUCACUGGAGCAAUUACAACCUCUGCUGACGGGUCAAGGUGUCUA